GUUAGAUUCCAACCGCCAAACAACCCCAACCUUCCUUACAAACCAGCUUUUAGCAUCUUAAGCAGCUCAGCUUUCUUACGCAUACAAAACACACUUGUCACUCAAGCAACUGCCCCAAUAAGAACAAAACCAAAGCUUUGGGUUAGUUUCCUUUUUUAAUUAUAUCAGAGGUUUCAGAAAGAAAAAGAGCCUUGGAAAGUGAAGAUGGGAUCUGGGGCUGGAAGUUUUCUUAAGGUUUUUUUUAAGAACUUUGAUGUUCUUGCUGGGCCAGUUAUUAGUCUUCUGUAUCCUCUUUAUGCCUCAGUUAGGGCAAUUGAAUCCGAGUCUCGUGCCGAUGACCGACAAUGGCUUACAUAUUGGGUUCUCUAUUCCAUGAUUACAUUGCUGGAACUCACCUUUGCCAAAGUCAUUGAAUGGAUCCCAAUCUGGUCUCACGCGAAGUUGAUUUUCACCUGCUGGCUGGUCAUCCCGUACUUCAGUGGUGCUGCUUAUGUUUACGAGCAUUAUUUGAGACCUUUCUUUAUGAACCCACAACAGACAAUUAACAUCUGGUAUGUCCCGAGGAAGAAGGACUUCUUCAGUAAACCAGAUGAUAUUUUAACUGCUGCCGAGAGAUACAUUGAAGAGAACGGGACUGAUGCAUUUGAGAAGCUCAUUCAUAGGGCUGACAAGUCGAGGAGCAGUGGUUACAUAUAUGAUGACGAUGGCUACAGAUAUUGAACCUUGUAGCUCUAUGUGUAGCAAGUAACAACCCAUAAUAUAUACAUAUAUGCUGUCAAGAUGAAGUGUCUGGGAAAGAGACAUUUUUGUGAGUGUGAAGAAGUAUGAAUGGUUGUGUAAUGUUAUGUAAUUAUGAUAGGUUGCUUGAAACUUUGAUAUGGUAGAUAGUGCAAGUUCCGAAUUACUUUUUCA